UUGUCCCGCAUGUGUAUGGCUCUAGUGCCGAUAUUGAGGGCGCUGUGCUGAUGGAAGAGCCCAAGAGUUUGAACGGCAAAAGUGAACGGGAGCUUCGUCUCGGCGGACUCGAAUCGUGCGCUUGCUUCACUUUUUUUCUCUGCCUCUCUCUCUCCCUCUCUCUCAGGUCGAAACUAACCACGACACAAGUGGCAGCUUUUGCAACAGGGGGUUUUAAGGAUAUUACAAUCUUCCUAAGCAUGCCGAGCCCUCCUCGCUGCUCGUAAAUCCGCCUCAGUUUUGCUUCGCACCGCCACAUGCCUCACGGCGGAUGCGAGCGAGCGCACGGCGCGGCGCUAUAAGAGACAGCGAAGAAUGAAUCAAACGCGAGUUUUGUAACGCAUCCGGACGACUUUUUCUAUCGUGUUUUUCUAUUCAAACGACCGCAAGAUGAAAUAAUCGCUCCUCUCGGCGCUUCAUCAGCACUGUUUCACUCAUGGCUCUGUGAAAUCUCCGCGUACUUCCAUCCAUCCGUCGUCGGGACUUUUCUCUAAGGCUGCACUUGAUGAUAAUGCCGAAAGUUUGGAUAUACGGCUUUAACAGUACAGUACAGUAGAUGUGUGUAACUCGAGGCGGGGUUAAAGUUCAGCUCUAUGGAGCGCUGAAGCGUCGCGCACACUUCGCAGAGUUGGAAAUGUGAAAGCAAGAAGCAAGGCUUUAUUUUCCCUCUCUCCCUUCUUCUCUGUCUCUCUUUUUUUCUCUUUUCAUACACACAUAUACAUACACACCCCAUACAUUCACACAUACACACCCUCACUCACACACACGCACACACACACAACAUAUACAUCGCCAAUUCAAGAGUUAAAACCGACAGAUAUGUAUUCUCCGCUAUGCCUAACACAGGAUGAAUUCCAUCCUUUCAUUGAAGCACUGCUGCCCCAUGUGAGAGCGUUUGCCUACACUUGGUUCAACUUGCAGGCCCGCAAGAGAAAAUACUUCAAGAAGCACGAGAAGCGCAUGUCUAAGGAAGAGGAGCGAGCCGUGAAGGACGAGCUGCUCAGCGAGAAGCCGGAGGUCAAGCAGAAGUGGGCAUCGCGGCUGCUGGCCAAACUCCGCAAGGACAUCCGGCCGGAGUUCCGCGAGGAUUUUGUGCUCACUGUCACCGGGAAGAAGCCCCCUUGCUGUGUGCUCUCCAACCCCGACCAGAAGGGCAAGAUGAGGAGAAUCGACUGCCUGCGUCAGGCGGACAAAGUGUGGCGCUUGGACCUGGUCAUGGUGAUUUUAUUCAAAGGUAUUCCGCUUGAAAGUACUGACGGCGAAAGGCUGGUUAAGUCUCCGCAGUGCUCGAAUCCGGGGCUGUGCGUGCAGCCGCAUCACAUAGGAGUUUCCGUAAAGGAGCUCGACCUGUACUUGGCCUACUUCGUGCAUGCAGAAACGGGGCAGUCUGAAAGUCCGAACCAACCCAGUGAAGGUGACAUCAAGGACCAGCCAGAAAAUGGGCACCUUGGCUUCCAGGACAGUUUCGUCACAUCAGGUGUCUUCACCGUCUCUGAGCUCGUGCGAGUCUCACAGACCCCCAUCGCGGCAGGGACGGGGCCCAACUUUUCGUUGGCAGACUUGGACAGCUCUUCCUACUACAGUAUGAGCCCUGGGGCCAUGAGGCGCCCCCUACCCAGCACUUCUUCUAGCAGUUCUGCAAAGCGUAUCAAAUGCAUGGAGGAUGAGGUGGACAGCCCGGGAGAGGAGUCCUACUACCCAGGUCAGGGACGCUCGCCUGGAAGCGGCAGCCAAGCCAGCAGCUGGCAUGAAGUAGAGCCAGCUGGAUAUAAACUGCGUGGCUCGCUAGCUAGUUCGUUCAUCUCAAGACAAGGGAUGCCAUCGCCUACCACAUUAAAGAAGUCAGAGAAGUCUGGUUUCAGCAGCCCUGUGCCUUCGCAGACCGCUUCCCCUCGAACGGCAUUCACACACCAUCAUCGACCUGUCAUUACAGGACCCAGAGCGAGUCCUCACGCCACGCCGUCAAGUCUCCAUUUCCCGACGUCGCCAAUCAUCCAGCAGCCCGGCUCGUACUUCUCCCACCACGCCAUCCGCUACCACCCCCAGGAGACGCUCAAGGAGUUUGUCCAACUUGUCUGCCCUGACAGUGGUCAGCAAGCUGGACAGGUGGGCUUCCUUAAUCCCAAUGGGAGCAGUCAAGGGAAGGUGCACAACCCGUUCCUGCCCACCCCCAUGUUGCCGCCUCCUCCGCCACCCCCGAUGGCGCGACCCGUGCCCCUUCCCGUGCCAGACUCCAAACCUCCCUCCACCUCCACCGAGGGAGGCGGCAACUCCCCCACCUCGCCAACCUACUCCACACCGAGCACGUCUCCCGCUCAGCGCUUUGUCAGCGUGGGCCCCAGAGACCCCAGCUUUGUAAAUAUCCCUCAGCAGCCUCAGUGGUACCUGGGCUAAAGACUCCCGACACGGACCGGCCGCUCCCGAGGUCACACGACCACCCCCUCUGUCUCCCCUGAGUACGACCCGCAAACAUGUACACCAGUCUGAACAGAGAGAAGCCACUUGCUGCCCCAGUACCGGACAGACCCACAGCAUGGCUCCAGCAGAAACCCCGCCAAGCCCUGGAACAAGAGGAACCGACUCAACGCGCUUACACCCACUUACUAUAUAUCUAUAUAGUCCAUAUGUAUUCUUCCAUAUGUAUGGUUUACAUGCCUAUAUUCAUAUAUAGUAGCUGUCCAGCUCUUCUGAGGGUGGAGCUCGGAAAAACAAAAACAAAAAAAAAAAAAAAGAAGAAGAAGAAGAGCUUCGUUUUCUCGGAAACGUGCACGUUUUAUUUUUUCUUUUGUUUCGUUUGGUUUUGUUGUGUUUUUUGGUUCACCCUCACAGAUAGACGAGGAAAACGUAACGUGACGCAAUCAAAGAGCUUCCCGCAUCUGUGCCUGUGGUCUUAAAGUGAAUUCGAAGGCGUUUCCAACGCAGUCUACGGCCAAGGGUCGCAAACCCACAACCACCCGGAGGUCGGAGCUCUGCCUUUCAAUCACUCGUGUUUUGACGGAUCAAUCCGGUUUUUGUAUCGGUGAACGUUGGAGCCGUUUGGAACGUUUCGCCUGGGUCAGAUAUGCCACCAGCUAAAAAUCUCUAUUGCGUCUUCUGGCCAGGACCAUUUCCAACCCCUUCCACCAUCAUCAACACCACCACCACCACCAUCAACACCAUGUCAGAUCAAGAACUUUCAAGGACUCAACCAAACCCAUUGUUUCAGUUGUUUUGUGUCAUUUCGGGGCAGGCGAUGAAGAAGUCACGAACGGUGAUGUUUGAUAUCAGGUCAUUUUACCGUACGCUAACGGGAGAUCUCCCUCCCCACUUGGAGGCAUGUUCAUAUUUUGUGUUUUUCGUACAAAAAUCAUCCCGAUUCUUUCUACAAAACCCCAGCGGAAGGUCUGUCGCACGCCAAGGGCCGAGUGAAGGUUCGAUCUUCCAUAAACUUCAAGAAAAGGUUAACCGUGAAUACUGAAUUGAGGAAAGUGCAAUUUUGUUGGGUAGAUGUUGGAUUGUUAAAUAUCUUUGUAAGAUAGAUCGUUGAAGCGAUUGUUGAAAAGUAUAUAUAUAAAUAUAUAUAUUUUUCUUCCUAGUCCGUUCACACCUCCAGGACUCUAAAAUAUCGGGGUACAAAAAAGAAAAAAAAAACACGUAAAGAGAAAAUAGAACAAAUAGCCUUGUGAGAAAUAAGGGGAGCUGUAAUUGAAUUUUCUGUUGUUGUUUUUUAUGUGUUUGUUUGUUCAUCGUUUGUUAGCAUUGUAGAACAAAUAUCCCUUUAAGAAAUAUCAACGUUUAAACAAUCAAUUUAGUUCAUUUCAAAACGCUACAGCGAUUAUUUCAACCUGAUCUCAUGAUGAAAACGUACCUGUGGGAACUUUUUCAUGAGACGCGGAAUACGUACUGAUGAGUUUAUAUCACUGCAGUUAUAGAAAUGUCCAAUGAGUGGCGCUAAAAGAGUGUUUUUCCUAGAACAGAUGAACGUACAUAUGGAAUGUUUUAUGUGACGUGGGUUUUGUACGUGUCACUGCAGUUCUGACUUGAAAUGUCCAUUGAGUGGUGCUAUAACUCUAAUGGUGUGUUCACACCAAACCAAAAUUUUUCCCCUCGAGUUGACAUUUUUCAACUUGCACAGAAGACGUAAAUAUCGCGUGUUGAUAAUCUCUUUAUUGAUUGGCUUGCGCGAGAAUGCGUCAUGCAAUUUUUUUUUCCUCGAGUUGAAAUUUUUUUAACUUGCACACAGUCGCAUGUUUGAAUCAAAUGCUUCGCCCGGUGCAAAUUUGCUUCUCUUUGCACCUGUGCAUUGACUUUGUAUGUAAUCUACACUCUUAAAAAUAAAGGUGCUUCACGAUGCCAUAGAAGAACCUUUUUUGUCUAAGUGGUUGCAUAAAGAACCUUUAAUAUCUGAAGAACCUUUCUGUUUCACAAAAGGUUCCUUGUGGCAAAAGAAGGUUCUUCAGAUUAUAAAAAGGUAAAAAAGGGAUGGUUCUUUAAAGUACCUUUGACUGAAUGGUUCUUUGUGGAACCAAAAAUGGUUCUUCUAUGGCAUCACUGCGAAGAACCUUUUAAAGCACCUUAAUUUUUAAGAGUGUACUCAUGCAAAUAAUUACAUUUCAGGCUACAGUAAUAUUGUCUUCCAGUUUCUGAUACAAUCGGACGUGUCGAUAAUCUCUUCGCUGAUUGGCUUGCGUGAGAAUGCCAUGCGAAUUUUUACUCAAGUUGAAAUUUUUCAAUUUGCGUGGAAGACGCGUUUGAAGUGAAUAACGUGUGUUCGCGGCAAACGCAUCGACCAGCACAAAUUCGCAUGUUUGCAUUGACUUUGUAUGUAAUCUACUCGCGUGAAUAAUUAAAUUCACAUUUGGUGUGAACACACCAACAUGCUCUGUGAUGUUUUAAAAUAACGUAGGAUCUGCACUACACCUAAACCUACCCAAUAGCAUGAAGAAAAGCAAUUGUAAUUUUCUCAUCUUAAUCUACUCAUCUUCCACCUCAUGUUUUUCGUAGGAUUCCGCAUCCUAAGUCUAAUUCCGUGCCGGUUACCGAGCAAGCUUGUUACAUCCGAAAAAAGCGAAACAUAUGGAGCUGUAAUUAUAAAUGUAUACGAAAACGAUUACAAGUGCUCGCUGUUUUACCACCUCUAGUGAUUAUUUCUGUUGGAAACUGCAGUGAUGUGUACUUAUUGGUGCGUAUUUCACGUCUUGCGGAAAAGUUCCCACAGGUACGUUUUCAUCAUUAAAUCAGGUAGGAUUAUUUUAAUUCAACCGAUUAGACGAACAUAAAAAUUGACUGUUUAAAUUCAUUGCGAAAUAGUGAACCAACUUCCUCGCGGACGCUUUCGAAAGCGUCGCGUAAAAAUGUGAAGAUCGAAAAAAUGCACCCAGCUUCCCUCGCAUGCAAUUUUUGUUGUUUUUUCGAGUUUUUGUUCGUUUCCUGUACGAAACACACAUAUAUAUAUAAAUAUAUACACUUACAGUCUCAUCCACCGUCGAUCAAAGCUCAGUAAAGUUUAAAAAAAAAAACUUAAGAAAAUAAUCUGCAUGUUCUAGUGUUAGUGACAAAUUUUUACAUAGAUUACGUAGAGUUAAAGUAGUGUGAAAAUAUUGUAAUCCCAACAUCGGGCACUUGCCGAUCAAGUAUUUGUUUGGUCCUUUAAAAAAAAGGGUAUUUUUACUGCUGUUCUCACAAUCAACCAGCUAAACAUCUCUCUCUGACUCUUCUUAGCUUGUCGUCAUUUCUAUAAAGUCUCCCUUCCUCCUUUAUUCCCGUCAGAACAAUCAUUUUCAUACGUACGCACUUCAUCGUCCCUUUUCGAACUGCACGAACAAUUCCACAUCGAUGUGCCUUGAGCGAUGGUCUAGUUCUGAGUUGUUGCACAAGCUGCAAUGUGGAGACUAUUUUUUUACCUUUCGCCCCACCUUCCACGUGUAGUCAAGUGGAGAGAGUGAAAUUAGCGCUAAUCGAUAAUACGCAGUAUUACUCUCCAUUUAACUACAUAUCGCUUCGAAAAUCCCAUUCAAUCAGUCGAAAGUCAAUCAUUCGCCCAACACGAAGGUUUUUGUGUCAUCGAGCCCUCUUUCUCUGAUUUAACACUAGUGUAUUGAUAUUUAUGGAUGUUGCUGCAAUUUCUAAAAUGACGACUACUUUUUCUUUUUCUUUUCAGUCUUCCUGUUUUUCUUUUUUUGUUUGUUUCGUUCCCAGAGAUGAAUAAUGAGGAAAUGAUUAUUAUGCAAUACUUGCUUGCACUCAUGUAGUCAUUUUUUAUUUUUAUUUCAUUUUUUUUUUUUUUUAAACCACCAAAGUGAGCACUUGACAGGUCAAGUGGCUGAACGUCAGUGUGUUUUUCAUGCCCAUGACACGAAAAAAACGCCAUUGAUCAGCCUCACUUGGGUUUCACACAACAUUCUUUGUGUUUUUCGGUCAUGAUCGAGCCUUAAAAAUGAGGAAACUUCCUUUCCAUCACAAACACACGAGCGAACACGUCCAGAACAAAAAAAAAAUAUGCCCAGUUUUUGUACAUUUUGACAAAGUUCCAUGUUAUAUUAAUUGUUUACCUGUUUAUUUUCUAUUGCGUAUAUCAUUUAAGAAAAAGAAAAAAAAAAAAACAACAAAAAAAAAAAAAUUUGAUGGGGACAAAUUUCCCAGGCAUAUGAUGUGAUGGUUUAGUAGUUACACUUGUGUGGGAUUUUUUUUUUCUUUUUUUUUUUUUUUUUUUUUUUAGCGUGAUUUUUUUUGUCAUUGUUCUUGCCUACCCUUUAGAAAUGAGUUGGGCAUUACUUUCUUAAUCGUCUGCACUAAAUAUAAAAUAAUGACAAUUGUGAUAAUUGAGAAAAAAUACAGAAAAAAUACAAAAAAAAAAAAAAAGCUUCCAGGGCUUAAAAGAGCGAAGGGAAACACGAUUGCACGGAUAUUUUUUUGUCACAAAAACCUUGUUUAGAGCAGCCUGGCAUCUAAUCAGCGAGAUUGGCUGUGUGUGUAAGAUAAUGACAAAAUUGCACCCUUUUUAAAGAAAGAAAAAAAAAGAGAAAAAGAAUUUCAAGCAAUAGUUUGGGCAGUCUGUUUUGUUCUCGUGUUGUGUGUGUAAUUUAGUUUUUUGGUACAACGUUGGAGAAGACGCGGGAGAAGCGAACAAACCGAAUCGAUUAGAUACGAGAGUUAGGGCGGACGCACCUGAGUAUGGGAGAUUUGAUGUUUGUAUAUUGUAUAGUUUUAUUAAUUACACUGAUUUUAAAGCUGCCCUAUUUUAUAAUGCAGGACUUUUGUAACAUUGAUUAAAUGAGGAAAAACUAGUGUUGUGAAUUUUCUGAUUGUUUGUAUUAAGGCCACAUAAAUAGAACUGGUUUUGUUUGUCCUCUGGGGAACUGGAUUUAAGUUGAAAACUUCCUGUUUCCUGUUUUUUCUUUUAUUUGCUUUCCUUUUUGUAUGUAUUUAAGGACUUAUUUCUUCUUUCGAUGGUAUAGAAGUACUCCUAUACUUGAAAAGUGUAGGAUGCCGAGGUGAAAACCCCAUUGUAAAUGGAUGUUACAAGUAUGCUGUAUGUUUUGAAGGUUAUUUGUUGCAUCAGUGUUGAUGAAGCUAAAUCUAGAUAAUUCUGAGGAUGUUGGUAAGAAGAGAGCGUUUUUAUGCAUUUUAAAAUUAGUUUUAGGCAGAAGACAAUGACAUAGACAGCCAAAGGAUGCCCCUAUUAUAAAUGCAUCUAGGCAUCUUUUUGUGUUCACCAUUCCAUGCAGGAAAAUAAACCGCUUGAUAUGCAACAUGAUUCUUUUUUCUUUUCAACUUCUUCAUCUUUCUUCCACCGCCCACCAGCACACACAAAGACACUCGAGCGACGUUAAGUGACGGGAAGGUCGGUCACGACGGGCCGUCCAUAAAGCCAUUCCUCACUCGACUCUACAUUUCACGUAAAAGCGAGGCCCUCGGGUCACAUAGCUCACAUGAAAAUCACUUGAUGGUGGUUUAAAACACUGAAAAGACAAUUACUCAAAAACAGGAAGAACUUUGACUUUGGUUGAGGAUAAAUGGACAAUGUCCAACCCCCAAAAAAUCUAAUUCCCAUCCCAUUUUGUCACUUUUCAGUUUGGUUAAGAUUACACAGUCUUACACGCUGACCCUUUAAGUGAUAUUUUAAAGGGAUCGUUCACCCAAAAAUGAAAAUUGCCAUCAUUUACCUUCAAGUUGUUCCAAACAUGUAUGAGUUUCUUUCUUCUGUUGAACACCAAAGAAGAUACUUGUUAAAAUGUUCAUAAAUGAUGGCUGAAUUUUCAUUUUUGGGUGAACUAUGUCUUUAUGAUAACAUUAGUUUCAUGCUAGUUCUGAAACAGGGUUGAAUAAAGGUCCUGCAGGCCUUUAUCAUUUUUACGUCCCCAUUUUUGUUGCGGGAACAAAGCAUUGGAUGGUUUAAGGCAGAAAUACGGCUUAUAUCAGGGUAAUAUUCAAUCGUGAGACAUUUAAAAGUCUAAAAAACCAAAAACACAAUAAUUGAAAUAAGUAUGCGGCGAUUUGACUACAGGUACAUAUUUUUUGUUACGUUAAACAAACCCAUGUUUCACUUUCGGGGUCCAUGAGGAGUUUGAAUACAAAUGUGUUGUCAGUUUCAUCACACCAUGGAUUUAACCCAUCAUGCACCAGUGGCGGGUGGCUUAACUGCACCAAAUGGUAUCCUUACAAGGUGCUAAAUUUUGCUGAUAAAGUGGAGGCUAACUGGAAACGAUCCUGCUUUCUGAUAGCAUAGCAGCGUAAUCCGCAUGAGAACUAUGCACUGACGACACGCUAAUCUAAUCAGAGUCUGGUACUUGCACCUUUGCCUUCUUCUUUUUUUAAGAACUUGUAUCGAAAUCUAAGGAAUAACGGAACUAAAAGCAAACCAGCAUUUUACCUGAUGUAUCUAAGAAGAUCAAAUGUAGUGCCUGUGAAAAACUGUAUUAUAUCGCUCUCUCAAUAUCAAACCAGUUAACAGUUUAUAAUCGUUUCUGUUUUGUCAACACCACUAGCCUUUUCUGAUUCUAUAGCUGUUUAGUAACCACACUCUAUAAACUGCAUGCGCCUCCAUAACCGAUGUAAACAUGACUAGAUGAUCUAACCUAGCUCUGCUACCAGUCACAAUCCUCCAAGAAGCUUCUCCGAUUCAUACUCGUUCGCAGCCAGUUUCAACGUAGUUUCAUUGCAUAAUGAAGUCAAGAAGCGAUUUACGUCUACUAAAAUUGACCGUCCAUCUAAAUUCGGGUCCUGCUGUAGCCCUCUAUCAUCUCCAACAACAAUCAAGGUCUGUGUUUCCUCAUUUUCCCACACUCGACAAUCGAUACUCAGUGGAACUGGCAUCUUCUUGCUGUAGGUGCAAUUCACAACAUCUCUGGAGUUUUAAAGUUAAACACGAAUUUCUGAUUCCUUAAACCGGCUUCACACUACAGGAGUUUCAGGCAGUUUCCUCCAUCUCCACUAUCCAACGAACCCGUACAGCAGCUUGUUCUGCGGUCGCGCAUUGGCGCGAAUGUAUUGUGAAAGUACUGAGGUAAUCAUUGCCGUAAUCAUCUAGAUUUAAAAUCCUAAAUAUCAAAUCGGAAACCCCGAUUUGUGUGGAAGAUUUGAUCUGUAAACACCUGACAUUGCCAAAUAAUCCACGCCAAACAUCGGAACCGACCGAGGUCCUCGAAAAGAUUUUUUUCUCCGAUUCUCGGGAGGGAAAAAUCCGGGAUAAUAGGCCUAGAGCUCCUGUAGUGUGAACGCGGCUUUAAUGGUUCCUUUAACGAUUCUAUUUGUGGUUUUAAGGCAAUAAAUGUUUUAAAAAGAAAUGCAAUUCCAUUGCCAAAUGAUGAGAUGGUUUUAAAAAUGAACCAUGGUUUUACUACAAAUUAACCAUGGUUUUGGUAUUCUAACCAUAGAUUAACCAUGGUAUUUGUAGUAAAACUGUGGUUGUACAAAUAGUAAUCAAUACGCCAAACAACCAUGGAAACACUUUUACUAUAAUAAAACCAUGGCUAAUUUUCGUAAGGGUAUUUAUUUAAUAAAUAAAUGUGAUCUAAUAAUUGGCCUUAACCUCAAACAACACAGUAAUACUUAAUAAAAAUGUGGUCACAUAUUCAAGUCACUAUUUUCUUUUCUAAAAUAUAACUGAUAAAUUGCAUAAUGUUUGUUUUUGACAGCAAAUUACCAUUGAAACAAUGAUUCAGCAACUACAGUACGCCGUUUUAGUUAGUUGUGUGUUUGAUUUAUUAUGUCAUUCGUUCUGGAAUCAUAGUUGUACUAUUUGCGCUGUUUUGGUUCACUAAACAGAACCAAUUCAUUGGAAUUAUUCUUUCAGGAAUCAGACUACGCUGAGGCUAUGUUUACACUAGUGUGUUUUAAAUUUGAAAUGAAAAAGAUCCUCAUCUACACUUGCAUUUUUACUGCGUUUGAAAUUAUCUCUGUCUACACUAAACAACCAAAAACGCAUGUCACAUGACCAUUCAAGCUUCAUACGUCAUCAAGGAUUCUUUAAUUCAGAAGAAGUAACCAUAAUAAAAUUAACUGUAUUCCUUGGAGUGUAAAAAAUACUGUAUUUUUUUUUUUUUUUACUUUGCAAUUUAACGGUUACUUUUCUUAAAUGAGCCUCCGAAAUCAGACGCAAUAUAAAUGAUGUUAUUGUUUACAGAGUCUUCAAGGAUACGCAGAGCAAAUGUGGGCAGCCAUGCCAUCAUUUUCAAAAAUCUCUGCUUUGGUCCGUUUACACUUAAACACAACCCCGCAGCAUUUUCAUAAGUCUCCAUUUUCGAAGGUUGAAAAUGCCGGAGUAAACAACAAAAAGUCAUUCGUUCUGGAUACAUUGUACACUAUUUACACUGUUUUUGGUUCACUAAAGAGAACCAAUUAAUUGGAGUUAUUCUUUUAGGAAUCGGACUACACCGAGGCUACGUUUACACUAGUGCGUUCUGUUUUAAAACGCAUAACUUUUGCUACGGUUACACCUGUUGGUUAUACUACUACGGCGUUUUCGACUCAAAAACUGAGACUUUCGAAAACGCUGCAAACCCCGUUUUAGUUUGGAAACUCCGGUUGCAUUUCAGUGUAAACAGACCACUUUUGAAAACUGAGACUGUUUAACGGACGCCGUUUUAAAACAAAAACUCACUAGUGUAAACAAAGCCUUAUGUUGAGCUGUGUGCUUUUGAUUCGCAAGAAGAUGUGAUUCAAAGAGUCAUUCAUUCGAGAAUCAGAGUACACUAUUUGUGAUAAUUCAGUAAAAGAGUCUGUCUUUCUGAAAUCAGACUAUACUGGUCGUGCUUGAUAUUUUUGAUUCAAGCCCUGGUUUGAAAAUCAACUAAACUGGUUGUACUACACUCUUAAAAAUAAAGGUUCUUUAUUGGCAUCAAUGGUUCUAUGAAGAACCUUGAACAUCCAUGGAACCUUUCAAACGUAGAAAAGGUUCUUUAGAAUUUUUAAAUGUUCUUCAAAAUGGUUCUAUUAGGAACCGUUCACUGAAAGGUCCUUUGGGGAACCAAAAAUGAUUCUUAUAUGACAUCACUGCAAAAACAUCAUUUUGGAACCUUUAUUUUUAAAAGUGUUGAGAUAUAGUAAUGGUGUUGUAGUGCAGGAAACCGUCAAAGUACGAUAUUCAUUCACGUGAGAGCUGUUAACGGAGUGAGUUUCAGAAGGUCCUCAAAAGACACGUUUGACUUGGAGCCAACUAAAGACUCGAGGAGAGUUUUGAGACUCUAAACCUGAGCGUAGUUUGCAUACCUACAACAUUCAGGACCAUCAAAUCCAACCCCAAGGAAAAGAGGUCUUCUAGCAGCCAAUAAUAUCCAUAAACCGAAACAUGCAGCAAAUGGUUACGAUUAAAGUGUUUCCUCUUUGUUUAUGCUGAUUAUUAAAUAUCUUAAGGACAUGUUGUACCACUUUUUUGGAAACAGAUGUGCUUGUGCGUAAACGUCCGAGGACGUUCAACGAAGUUCUGCUAGAACCUUUCUGUUAAAAAAACUAACCAGCACUGCGGCCCUAAUCGUAAAGAAGACAAUCGCGGUGGUUAGCGUGAAAGAUUACACGUGAAUCUCUGGCGUGAUGUUACAAGACCCCUUCAACCAGCUCCACCACUUCAAAUCUUCAUGUCCAUCAUCAUCUUUGUAUAUCCAACCCUAUCUUGUGAGAAGGCGGCAAAUUUAGUUUGAACCACCAAUUCGCCAAAGCGUGAAAUAGAUACGAUUCGCCAAUGAGAGUGGGUUGGUAACUCAUACAGCUUCAUCUCAUUACGCAGAAUCACCGUAUACGUACUUACGUUUUAGAUACAAUUAAAAAAAAAUACAAAAAAAUAAAUAAAACCUUGUGCCUCUAAUACAUUUCCUGAAGAAAACUUCACGUUGUAUUGGUACCAGCUCCGUAACUAGUUCUACGGAGCUUCUGUAUUUGAGCUGUGAAUGACUUUGUUUGCUUUUCGUUUUUUUCUCUGAACUUUUCCCUUGUUUUUUUUUUGUUUUUUGUGUGUGUAGUGACAUUGCCCCUUUCUCUUGGAGCCAUUAGUGUCCACCUCCAUCGACUCAAUUACUAAAAGCAAGAUGUGCAUUUCCUAUGCAACGAGAAAUGAGAGAAAAAAAGAAACCGAAAUAAAAGACGCUAAUGCUGUACA